AUGCGGACGCAGAGUGGCAACUACAACCGGCUCCCCAAAGAGACACAGGCGCCGGGACCAGUGGCACAGGCGGAAACGAAGCACCGGCUCCCUGACCAGCAUACCCCAACACUUCAAGCCGCCACAACACCGGACGGGAUCGGAGGUACCCUGCAUAAUGGUGAAAACACCGUGCCCCCCUUUACAUAUACCUCUCCAGACAGAUGUUGGACGCCGGGCUCCUGUUUGCCCAAAUGUCAAGGGGACAGGGGCUUCCAGAGGCAAUACACGGCGCUCAGAGGGAAUCAGCUAAACAUGACUGGGAGACCGGAGUCAGUCGGGCACUCUCCGUCAGAAUUGGACUCCCCCAACAUGCUUUUUCCCACAUGA